CCUACUUCAUAUAUAUCUUCACUCGUCCACCGCCGCCAGAGAAACCUCUCCACCGCCGAUCUUUUGCCUUCAAGUUCCGUACGGACGAGCUGUUGGGUUUGGAUUCGAUUGAAGAGAGGGUAUGGGUAAAGUGAAAGGGAAGCAUAGGUUAGAUAAGUACUACCAGUUAGCCAAAGAACACGGCUACCGUUCCAGAGCAUCAUGGAAGUUAAUCCAACUCGAUUCCAAAUUCUCCUUCCUAAAAUCAGCCCACGCCGUCCUCGACCUCUGUGCAGCCCCCGGUGGCUGGAUGCAAGUGGCCGUGCAGCGUGCUCCUGUCGGCAGCCUCGUACUUGGUCUUGAUCUCGUUCCUAUCGCUCCCAUACGAGGUGCGGUCGCUCUCCAACAAGACAUAACCAAAUCUGAAUGUAAGUCCAUGGUUAAACGGGUCAUGGAAGAGCGUGGGGUUAUGGCGUUUGAUGUAAUUUUGCAUGAUGGAUCCCCUAAUGUUGGUGGAGCUUGGGCUCAAGAAGCAAUGAGCCAAAAUGCUUUGGUUAUUGAUUCGGUUAAGUUGGCUACCCAGUUCUUGGCCCCUAAAGGCACCUUUGUUACCAAGGUUUUUAGGUCCCAAGACUACAGCUCCGUUCUCUAUUGUCUGAAACAGUUGUUUGAGAAGGUUGAAGUCGAUAAACCUGCUGCUAGUCGUUCAGCAUCAGCUGAGAUUUAUGUUUUGGGGCUAAGGUAUAAAGCCCCUGCAAAGAUUGAUCCACGUCUUCUUGACUUCAAACAUCUGUUCCAGGGAUCAAUAGAACCACAAAAGAAGGUGAUUGAUGUGCUUAGGGUAACUAAACAAAAGAGACACCGUGAUGGGUAUGAAGAUGGGGAGACAAUCUCGAAGAAGAUGUCUACUGCCGCUGACUUCAUUUCGUCUGAUUCUCCUCUCGAAAUCCUUGGUUCGGUUACUACCAUAACCUUUGAGGAUCCAGCUUCAUUGCCUAUUAAGGAUCACAGCUAUACCUCAGAAGAGGUCAAAGCUCUUUGUGAUGAUCUGCGUGUUCUAGGAAAGCAGGAUUUCAAGUACCUUUUGAAAUGGCGGAUGCAAUUGAGAAAAGCUUUGUCUCCUUCAGAAAAGGCUACUCCUCCUACUCCUACCACUGCUACAGAUGUUGAUAAAGGGGAUGAGGAGAAUGAAGAUGAUAAAUUACUCAAUGAGAUGGAGGAGCUCACAUAUGCCAUGGAGCGUAAGAAGAAGAGAGAAAAGAAGCUGCUUGCAAAAAGACAAGCGAAGGACAAAUCACGGAAGGCAACAGGAAUGCAAAUCGAUGCCCUUGAAGAUGGUUACGUUGAUCAUGAGUUGUUCUCUCUUUCUUCCAUUAAGGGUAAGAAAGAUCUUGCAGCAGUUGAUUCCACCGAGGACGAUGAUGGCAAUGUUGACUCAAGGGACAGUGAAGAUGAACAAAAUCGAGAAGGAAGCACUGAAGAUGAGUCAUCCAGUGAUGUUGAUUCUGAAGAAGAACGCAGAAGAUAUGAUGAAAAAAUAGAAGAGAUCCUUGAUCAUGCGUAUGAGGAGUACGCUGCCAAAAAGGAUGGAAGUACAAAGCAGAGGAAGCGUGCAAAACAGGCCUAUGAACAAUUAGAGGAUGGUGAUGGUGAUGAUGACAUUCUUUCCGAUCAUGAUUCGGACAAGGGUGAGGCUGAUCCUGAAGCAAAUCCUCUUAUGGUACCACUAGAUGAUGGUGAAGGACCAACACAAGAGGAGAUUACGAAUAGAUGGUUUGGUCAGGAUAUUUUUGCUGAGGCUGUGGAGCAAGGGGAUUUAGGGAAGUAUGACAGUGAUGAUGAAAUGGAGGUCGAUAACCGAGAGGAAAAUCCAGUGAUUCCCAAGAAGUCCAAAGUAAAGCAAAAGCAGGAUGCGAAAACUUCUAUCCCUGACGAGGCCAAGGAAACGGAAGUAAACAAUGCUGCAGGCCCGAAAGGCUCCAAACUCCAGGCUUCUAAGGUAGAUGAUGAGUUUGAGAUUGUUCCAGCUCCAGCUACUGAUUCCAGUGAUGACUCGUCUUCAGAUGACACAGGGGACGAUGAUGUUGAGACAAAAGCUGAGAUAUUAGCUUGUGCUAAGAAGAUGCUGAGGAAAAAGCAGAGGAAUCAGAUUCUCGAUGAUGCUUACAAUAAAUAUAUGUUUGAUGAUGAUGGUUUACCCACUUGGUUCAUAGAUGAGGAAAAGAGGCAUCGUCGACCAAUUAAACCUGUUACAAAGGAAGAGAUCGUUGCAAUGCGAGCACAGUUCAAAGAGAUCAAUGCUCGACCCGCUAAGAAAGUUGCAGAGGCAAAGGCUCGAAAGAAGCGGAUUGCAAUGAAAAAACUUGAUAAGGUGCGCCAGAAAGCAAACAGCAUAUCAGACCAAGCCGACAUCUCUGAACGAUCAAAGAGGAAGCAAAUCGAACAACUAUACAAGAAGGCUACACCCAAGAAGCCCCAAAAGGAAUAUGUGGUUGCAAAGAAAGGGGUUCAAGUUAGGGCGGGCAAGGGGAAAGUCCUUGUUGAUCGGCGAAUGAAAAAGGAUGCUAGGGCACGAGGAACCGGUAAACCUGGAAAAGGCGGUUCGAGGAAUGGAAAGAACGGAAAAGCUAAGAAAGGUAAAGGAUCCGGCAAAGCUUCAGGUAUGAAAGGAAACAAAAACAAAGGUGGUCGCAUGCAUGACUGAACAGCUUAAGUUUUGGAAGAUGCAAUUUUGGAUAAAUUAAACGAUUAAACAAUUUUAGAUUUUUUUUGGUUUUGAGUGUUGUUUAUUCAAAAUUAAGGUUACAAACCUUAAUGCCUCAGAUCUUUUAAGUGAUUAGUUUCUGAUCAAGAGGUUUUGAAUGAUCUGAAGACUCCUCUCAUAUUUCUGUUGUUCAAGUUAUUAGUUACUCAUAUUAGCCUUCUUUUCA